UGUAAUUCUUAAUGAAACUGUUUAAAUCUGUGGUUUUCUUUGAAGAUGAGUUUGACUGCCAUUUGUGAUUUCUGUAGAUAAUCUAAAGAAAUCCUAAAAAUUGUAACUGUUUUGUUGUUGAAAUAAUCAUUAUAUUAUCUUCUACAUUGUAGUCUUUUUGAAAUAGUUGGAAAGAAUGAGAAUUGAAAAAAAAAAAGCUUGAUUUAUAUCAAGAUGACUGUUGUCAUUAUGUAAAGGAGAAAGUGCAUUUGAUUUUCAAUUCUAUAGGGCAAAUAGGUUAUGCCAUUGCUCCAAUGAUUGCAAGGGGAAUCAUGCUGGGUCCUAAUCAGCCUAUGAUUCUGCACUUGCUUGAUAUUGCACCGGCAACUGAAGCCUUGAAUGGGGUAAAAAUGGAAUUGCCUGAUGCUGCCUUUCCUCUUCUGAAAGACAUCACUGAAACUUGUAAAGAUGUCAAUAUUGCCAUUAUGCUUGGUGGAUUCCCCCGGAAGGAAGGUAUGGAAAGGAAGGAUAUGAUGUCUAAGAAUGUGCCUAUUUACAAGGAACAGGCUUCGGCCUUGGAGGAGCAUGCUGCUUCAGAUUGCAAGGUGCUAGUUGUUGCCAACCCUGCAAACACCAAUGCUCUCAUCUUGAAAGAAUUUGCUCCUUCAAUCCCAGAGAAAAACAUCACGUGCCUAACACGACUUGAUCAUAACAGAGCAUUAAGUCAAAUAGCUGAGAGAAUAAAGGUUUAUGUUACUGAUGUUAAGAACGUAAUCAUAUGGGGCAAUCACUCUUCAACUCAAUAUCCGGAAGCCAAUCAUGCGACUGUCACCUCCAUAAAUGGAGAGAGACCAGUCAAAGAACUUGAUACUGACGAUCUUUGGUUAAAAAACGAGUUCAUCAACACUGUACAACAGCGUGGCACAGCCAUUAUCAAGGCUCGGAAAGCAUCAAGUGUAUUGUCUGCUGCAAGUGCUCCUUGUGAUCAUAUGCUUGAUUGGGUUCUCGGGACUCCCAAGGGAAUAUGGCUUUCCAUGGGAGCGUAUUUUGAUGGUUCUUAUGGGAUCCCAAAGGAUAUUAUUUACUCUUUUCCUGUUAAAUGUGAGAAAGGAAAAUGGUCAAUUGUGAAAGGGCUCAAGAUUGAUGAGUUCUCAAGGGCAAAGAUGGAUGCAAUAGCAAAAGACCUCAUUGAUGAAAAAGAAGUGGCCCAUUCAUGCCUCAACUAACAAUAAAACCAUCUUCCCUGGAGAAUAAUGAAGAAGACUUGAUAAUACAUGAAAAGAAAAAAGGGAUUUCCAAUUUCCAUCCUAACUUUAUGUACAAAUUUUAUCAGUCACUUAUAAGCUUUGGAACAAUGACAGAACAAGAUGUGUCCUAAUUUGUCUUA